AUGCCAAUGCUUUUAUCCUCUGCCAGCAUUUUGAAGCAAAGGGAGAUUUCUGAUCCAGAUCUGUUUGUAUUGACUUUUGGAUUCAACAUCCUUUGUGUAGUGGUAAGGAAAGAAGAGGUAUAUAAUAUUGUUAUGGCAUCUACCAAUGAAACAGUAGUAACAGAAUUCAUCUUAAUUGGAUUAUCUGACCAACCCAGAGCCCAGAUUAUCUUCUUUUGGCUCCUGUUGAUUGUGUACCUUGUUAGUCUUCUUGGCAAUGGCCUCAUCAUCACAUUAAUUAUUGUGGACCUCCAACUUCAUACUCCUAUGUAUUUUUUUAUUUGUGUCCUCUCCUUGAUAGACUUCAUUCUCAUCAACAAUGUAGUUCCUGAGGUUCUCAUCAACUGCUUCAUUUACAGGCCCACUAUUACGUUCUCCAGAUGUUUGUCUCAAAUGUAUCUGGGUCUAUUACUUGUCUCCACAGAGUGUGUUGUCCUUGCUGUCAUGGCUUAUGAUCGUUUUGCAGCUAUAUGCAAACCCUUACACUACAUGCAGAUCAUGAGUUGGAGAUUAUGUAUUUGUCUGAUGGCUAUGUCUGUAGGCUUUCCUUCCCUGACAACCCUUACCAAUGCACUAUUGCGACCCACUAAUUUUUGUGGUCAAUAUGUCAUCAAUCAUUUUGUAUGUGAAUUGCAGUCUUUCCUUAAACUGGCUUGCUCUGACACACAGAUUAGUGAGAUCUUCAUGCAAAUUGUCACCUUCACUCUUGUAAUCCCACCAUUUGGCUUCAUAGCCAUGACUUAUGGGAAAAUAGGUCAUGCUGUAUUGCGUAUCCAUUCAUCCCAUGAUCGCAGGAAGGCCUUCUCUACAUGUAGCUCCCAUCUUGCUGUAGUCAGUGUGUUUUAUGGGACAAUUAUGAUCAUGUACUUGAUGCCUCAAGGAAAAACUACUUCUGACAAGGAAAAGAUCCUAUCUGUAGUCUAUGGAGCUCUGACUCCUAUGCUGAAUCCUAUAAUUUAUAGCCUGAAAAACAAGGAUGUGAAGGGAGCUUUUUGGAAACUGAUCAGACAAAAGAUGACAGGAUAG